AAUAUUUCAUUUGGAUGAUGGUGUUAAUUUUGUGUAGUCCUUUAUAGUUGUUGUUGCUUGAACAAAAUGAGUAAGCAUUCUAUACGAAGAGUGACAAAAUAAUCUCUACGCACAAGAAAUUUUUUAAAACUACCACUAGUAGAAUGUAAGUACAUUUACCCAAGUAGUUGUACUUCUACUUGAGUAUGUUCAAUUUGACUGUUUCCCAAUUCAGAGGGAAAAAUUACACUUUCUAGCCUCUGAAUAUUUCCUCCACCACUGGAAAGUACAUACCAAAAAGAAAAUGUUAUGUAAGUAAGGGGCCAGAUGGGGGUAGUAUUUCCUUCUCUACACAAGACACACACACCAUUUGAAGUUCAGGGAUAUUAUUCCUCCAUAAACAUGCACAUUUAUCAGUACUUUGGUAUCUCUGUUCUUAAUAUCUUUAACCAGGAUCCCGAACCAGUGAACAAUUAAGAAGUUAGUUUUUUGAACAGUUCCUGUCCUGGGUUUUAUUGUCAAUUGAGUUUUUUUUUUUUCUUUGUGCUGCAUUGGUGACAAACUGAAUUCCUACAUUGGUUUCACUAUGUAUUUUAAAUCAGAUUACGUUUAUCAAAUAAAACUCUGCACACUGUGUGUAUGGAAGAGGAAGUAUAGAAAGUCCCUGUAUUGAGAAUUAAAUCCUGAACUCUGCAGCAGACCUAUGACAAGCUAUACUAAUGGAGAUAAGCGCUCAUGGGUCAGAGGAUAAGGGUGGGGGAUGGGUUGCAGGAUUUACUGUUGGGAGAGUUAUUCUAUAGUGAUACUGCUGGUUUGGCAUCUGGGACAGUGUAGAAGAAAGAUGCUACAGGAAUAAUUGAAAGGUAUUAUGAGAUGAAUAUCUCCACCCACGGUCCCCGCCCGCCAGGGAGGAAUAAUACCAGUCAAGGCACUCUGCUGAUGAGGAGAUCACUGUCCUGGGAUGACGACUGGAAUAUACUGUAUGUAGCAAGUUAGGACAGCACGAUGAUUUUUCAUCUUUGAACAGGGAAUGAUUCCUGCAGCUGCCAAAGACGGCUUGAAUUUAAUUUCCUGAAGGAGGUCCUUCCCAUGUAUCAGAAGUCCUUUUCAUGAAAUCUGGCGAUAUCAUGUAAUGUGCAGGAUUUGUUACUCAAACCUGAAACUUGGGAUCCUAAAUAACCAAGAUGUUUUAAUUGGAUACAGAUGUUUUGUGCCUUUGGCACUCCAAAGCAAUGGCUUUGAAUGAUCCAGAAUUGCGUGGGGAGAUAUCCCCAGGACUAAAAGGCCAGAAUGUGUUUUCAUGAGUAAAGCAAAUGAUCUUCUUUCCGGGGACCUCUGGGCUUCUACUGAAUAUUUUGAUAUCGGCUUCGACAAACCUUCAGCACACUAUUGGCACCAUGCCUUACCAUGACGAGGAGUACCCAGGUCAGCCUCUGUGGCAGUCUGUGCUGCUCUUCUGCUGUAAGGGAAUGAUUGAGGGCAUUAUGGUCAUCCUCUUCUUCUGGCUUCUGGUGCAGGUUCUUUUCACCAAACAACUUGAAGUUCACCUCCAAAUUCUUCUUUUGGUUGGGCUGAUAAUCUUUUGUCUGUCUUUGGUCCUGGGAUGUAUUUUGUGCUGGAGGAACAGUCAGAUGUGUCCAGUGAAAGACAAAGAUCCUGUGACAUCAGCUCCAGCUGAAAGUGUGACUUCUGCCCAGAGCCCGCCUCCCUCAGCAACGACAGCAUCCAGGCAGCAAUAUGAGGGGCUGGAUGCAGAUACACUGGAGUACCCCUCCACUUUCACCAGCCCUGCCCCUUCGGAGAGUGAAUUUACCUCUCUGCCAUUCUGCACAGCUGCCUCUGAGCAGAAGGAGCAGCCAAAGCCUUAUUUUUCCUUGCGUCGCUUCAGCACCCCACUUACAUCACCCCUUUAUAAACCCAUAGAUCCUCCUUCCCUGCCUUCAUUUCCCAAAUUGGGACUGUUGUCCAAAACAUGUAAGGCUCUGCAGAGGCGCUGCACGGUGACUGGGGGUAAUAUAUCUUACAAUGAACACAGCAGGCUUACCAGUGCUUUCUCCCCUUCUAUGCUUGAAGAACCAAUCCCACUGGCUCCACUGAGCUAUGGCUCCAGUGCCAGCUGCCAACAGCCAAUAUCACAAAACCCAUGCAUCCAUUUUACUAUGGUCUUCUCUCCAGAACAGCAAACCUUGGCAGUCACUGUCCUCAGCCUCACUGGGACGCCCCACAGACUGGAGGACGUGUUUGUGCUAGGCAGCCUGCCACCUCUUUACCCCUGCCCUAUAGAAGCCUCUGCCCAGAGCAGCCUCAGCCCUGAGACCCACAGCCUGGUGCUGCUUUUGAAGGUGAGCUCCGUGAAGGAGCUCCAAAGGUGUGUACUGAGAAUAAUCGUAUACACACGGGAACCUCCCAGCCUGAGAGGCACCACACUGGGUGAACUGGAUGCUGAAUGUGGAGGAAGAGACUGGAGAGCAGAGCAUCCAUUUCACUUCACGAAAGAACUUAACCCAAGCAAGUGGAAGCUAAAAAAGAGCCUGAUCUUACAGGAUACACCGAUGUGUAAGGGGCUUAGCUGUCCUCCCCAGAUCUUCAUUUGGCUUCAGUAUCAGACUCUGGCACACCGCAUCAAAGUCAUGGUCCUACGAGCAGAAAACCUAGACAACCUCGUUCACACAUUGGCAGCAACAGAAUACCAGGUGGUGAUCAAUCUGUAUCAUGAGGAGGAAGUGAUCAGCAGCAGAGAAACUAGAGGACGGUCCUGCACUGUGUGGAAUACUUCUUUCCUGUUUGACCUGCCUCCAGGAGACAUCAGUCAGCUUCCCCUCAUGCUAGAGUUUAUAAUCAUGCAGGUCCUUUCAGAAGGUAAAGUUCUUGGUCGGGUCCGAAUUGGAGUAGGGGCCGCAGAUGCAGGACGUGCUCACUGGAGGGACAUGUGUAACCUGAAGAUGGAGCAGGCACGGUGGCACACAGUACAACCAGAGCCUCUAUAAGGCUCUGACACGUGUUUGCUGAAAAAGACAAUUUGGGACCCAAUGUACUGUAUGAAGUCAGUUGGCAUCCAAAAUAAGGAAUUUAAGGUCACUUUUGCCAUAAAUGUUUCACUUUGUAAAUCAAAUGAUGUGUUACUGCACUUCUAAUAGAUGGAUAUAUGGGCAUUCAGCAACUCAACAUUUACAAUGGCCUUAUUUUAAUGUAACAACCUGUGAAUUCUCCUAUGGGAUAGUAAUGUAAGUGCACAAACUUACUGAAUUUGCAUAAAACAAAACAAUGUUAUUUGUGAAACAUUACCUAGACCAGACCUUCUAUGUUGAUUCUGGAGAAUUUAUACGUGAUCUCUUAUACAAUUCAGUCUCUCUCCCAAUGAACAAUAGUGAAAUAUGAAAGUAAGUGAACUGAGCAAAAGGAUUAUUCUAGUAUUCAGCCCGCAGUCAAUAAAAUACAUAUUCAUUUAUUUGAUGUGUGAGUACCGUGUAAUACACACUAAUGUACUUUUUAUACCCUCAUGUACAUCUGUAAUUUCACAGUUCCUUUGAGAUACAUUUAAAAUAGCUUGUUGUCUGUAGGAUGUUCUGAAUGUAUUAUGUGAAGACCCAUGUCAUAUAAAUAAAACACACUUUUGCCAGA